AUGGUUCUUGCGAACAAGCUCGACCGCAACCUGCGCGCGGCAGAGGAGAGUUCGGAUGGUGAAGACUAUUACGAGGUUACGGACCGGUCUUCUUCUGCCUCUGUGAUCGACGCAGAUGAAGGCGGAAAUGUCAUCAGCUCCGAUGGUGAAGAAGACGCGGGGUCGGAAGACAUGGUGAGCAUUAUACAGAACAAUCUGCCAGUAGGUGGUGCUAAUAUGAACAAGUCAGAUGCUGAAAACGACGACGACCAAGUAAAGGCGCAAAUGAGCAGAGUCUCAUUCGGCGCAUUAGCCAAGGCCCAGGAUGCACUCUCGAAAUCGUCUGACCGAAAACGCAAGCGAGGCGACGACACAUCGAAAUCACAAGAAGACAAGCUGGAGGCGUUGAGAGAGCGAUUACGGCAGAUCAAGGCUGAGAAGCUGGCAAGUGGUGCGCAGCCUAGCAAGAAAGCAAAGACAUCGAGCAAGUCCAAGGCGAAGCCCGUUCAGAGUGAUAGUGGCGACAACGACGACGUCAGUGACAGCGAAGGCUCUGAUUCAGAUGCCGCGCCCCAUGCGCGAUCAAGCAAACACGCCCCAGCCGUCCAGUCGAGCAAGCGCAUGGUAUCGCGUAAACGCCAGGUGGUUGAGGUGAAGAAGCCCGUCUUCCGAGACCCACGAUUUGAUAACGUGUCUGGGCCCCGGCCAGACGAGCAUGUGGUCGACAAGCGAUAUUCCUUCCUUAAUGACUACCGGGCGUCUGAAAUCUCUGAACUGCGUAGCACCAUCAAAAAGACAAAGAACGAAGAGGAAAAGGAGCGGCUCAAGAAGAAGCUUCUAUCCAUGGAGUCACAGCAGAAGGCAAGAGAAAACAAGGAGAAGCUCAAGGAGGUCGCACGCGAGCACAAGAAGAAGGAAAAGGAAUUGGUCAAGGAGGGCAAGAAGCCAUUCUUCUUGAAGAAGUCCGAGCAAAAGAAGAUUGCAUUGGUCGACCGCUUCCAAAACAUGAAAUCGAAGCAGCGCGACAAGGUCAUCGAACGCCGUCGCAAGAAGGUCACUGCCAAAGAAAGGAGGAACAUGCCCGAUGCGCGGCGCACUGCUUAA